UCAGGGGUUGCCAUCAUCACAUGGCAGAUGGAAAUUUCCACUCAGACUCCUUGCUUGUUAAAUGGGAAGGGUCUCCAACUCUUGUCUUCACUAGUCCGCCUCCUCCUCCGCCGCCUGCGACAGCUGUCCUCCACACGGAAACACUAGCUCUCAAAACUGCGUGAAUUUUAAGGAGUAUUGAGGUUACUAUAACGGUGAAGUCCACUGAAACAGAUUGCAUGUUCACAAACAUCUGCUGCUUACCAUAGCAGGUGACGAGACCUAGACAAGGCUGAGGAAGAAGCACAUAUCUGCCUUGUGAAUCCUAAACUCUAAAAUUCUGAAAACCAAACUUCUACAUUUCUCGUUCUGCUGUGCGCAACUAUGCCGGGAAUCGUGGAUCGUAUGGAGCUGAGGAAAGUCACCACAGAAGCUGAUGAUGACAGUACUGACAGCCUGGACGACCGCUACACUGAGCCCAUUGACUCUGAGAAGGCCACUAUCGACAGUCAGUUUAUGGACGAUAAUGAUGAUGGAGAAAGCCAGAAGUUUCUGUCAAAUGGGAUGAUGAAGAAGAAGAAAUAUGAGGAAUACCAUGAGGAAUAUCAUCCCGGCCACACCUCAUUUGGAAUGUCUGUCUUCAACUUGAGCAACGCUAUCAUGGGCAGCGGCAUCCUGGGCCUGUCAUUCGCCAUGGCAAACACCGGCAUCGUUCUCUUUACGAUCCUCCUCAUCGCUGUGGCCAUCCUCUCCUUAUAUUCUGUCCAUCUGCUCCUGGUGACAGCUAAAGAAGGAGGAUCCCUCAUCUAUGAAAAGCUGGGAGAGAGAGCAUUCGGCUGGCCGGGGAAAAUGGCAGCAUUUGGAUCGAUAAUUAUGCAGAACAUUGGAGCCAUGUCCAGCUACCUUUUUAUUGUGAAGUAUGAGCUGCCUGAGGUGAUCCGAGCCUUCUUGGCUUUAGAAGAAAACUCAGGUGAAUGGUACCUGAACGGGAACUACCUGGUGGUGUUUGUGUCAAUCGGAGUCAUUCUGCCUUUGUCCAUCCUUAAAAAUCUGGGCUACCUGGGCUACACCAGUGGUUUUUCCCUUUCCUGCAUGGUCUUCUUCCUCGGUGUGGUGAUCUACAAGAAGACCCAGCUGCCCUGCCCCCUUCCUUUCUUUUACCACCACUCGUCUAACCUCAGCAUGAACGCUUCGGACACGAUGGCGCUGUACUCGCUACAAAACCGCUCAGCGCACAUGGAUUUCUCCCGUGCUGACAUUUCCCCAGCAGUCCAAGGCAGCCAUGAUGCUAACCACCCCAAUGGCAUCCACUUCGAGCCUCACCCUGAUGAUAAGGAGAUGUGCACGCCCAAAUACUUUGUUUUCAACUCACAGACGGCAUACACUGUGCCCAUUCUGGCCUUUGCCUUUGUCUGCCAUCCUGAGGUCCUGCCAAUCUACAGUGAGCUGAAAGAUCGCACCCGGAGAAAGAUGCAGAACGUCUCCAACCUGUCCAUCUUAACUAUGCUCGUCAUGUACAUGCUGUCAGCGCUGUUUGGCUACCUCACCUUUUAUGACAACGUGGAGGCAGAGUUGCUCCACACCUUCACCAAGGUUUAUAAGUUUGACACCAUGUUGCUGCUGGUCCGUUUGGCUGUUCUCACUGCUGUCACUCUGACUGUCCCCAUCGUGCUGUUCCCUAUCCGCUCCUCCAUCACCACACUGCUGUUCAGUGGUCGGGAGUUCAGCUGGACUCGCCACAUGCUGAUUGCCGCCGCCAUCUUGGCUUUCAACAACAUGUUGGUCAUCUUUGUCCCCACCAUCAGAGACAUCUUUGGCUUCAUUGGCUCAUCUGCAGCCACUAUGCUCAUCUUCAUCCUACCUGCUGCCUUUUACCUCCGCCUGGUAAAAUCAGUGCCGUUCCGCUCCCCACAGAAGAUUGGGGCGGCCGUCUUCCUAGUGGCGGGAAUCAUCUUCAUGAUUGGCAGCUUGUCACUCAUCGUGUUCGACUGGGUGCACAACCCGCCAGGCUCCAGCAAUGGUCACUAAGACCCCUGUUCUCUUAGAUUUGCAUUUAAGAGUGCAGCAAACCCCCUCAUGUCUCUUCACCUCAGCUGGUUCAACAUUUGGGAACAGGGCUCAUCAGCAGUUCAGUUCCCUUCAUCAGAUCUCAAACAUUGCUCAUAAAAAUACAUGCUGCACUGGGUUAAGACGUCUUCAGUUUCAGCCCCAGAUGAUAUCACUUGAGGGAGACCUUUCCUAGUUUUUCUUUUUUUUCUUUUUUUUUUUUUGGGUUGUUCUUUUUGUGCUGUUAAGUUCUGGAUGUGACACAACACCAACGAGAGAAUCAAAACCCAAAGAGGGGUAAGCACACUCUUGUUUAACGUGCCACCAAGAUCACCUGAAAUCAUCAUCACUGUCAUCAGCAUUGUCAACAUUUCCGGCUAUAAAGAGACAGGUCAAACACAUGCUGUGCAGCCCUCACCUGGAACAGAUCUGUGAACUGCGAUUUUGCAGGGCUGGAAAGAUGAUACGAGUCAGUACUCUGCACUUGAAGGAGAAAUUUGGAGGUGGAUCGUGUCGUCCUCCAUCAAACAUGGAGCUCUUCUACCGUUACAUUUGACUUUGCGUAUCGGCCUAACACAUGCACUCACAUAAACAAACAGGCAGAUGUAGUAAAACGCACCUACACCUGCAGCUGUGCACAGAAAAUUCCCGAAUUUAAUCAAGCAGAUGUGUUAUCGCAAAACCAUAUCAGUAACUUAAUUCAAUCAUGCAUAACUUUUACUAAACAAAUGUUAUUUUGCUGCGCUGCUACAUGGUAACAAUCAGAAGCUUUGCCGAGGUCAGCGUGCACAUAUACGGUUUUAGUUGGUCAGGUUUCACACUAGCACUUCCCCGCCAGUUGCUUUCUUCCUGGUCGUACACGAAGUGAGGAGAUGCUUUCAGUAUUAUUGUCACAGAGGAAUCUGAACAUGCAAAGUAUACAUGUACAUAGUUGUGUCUAGUGAAAAGAAUGAGUGUUUUACAUCUUACUUGGCUUCACACAUAUCUCCAGCUUGUAUCAAGUUAAAUUUCCAACUCACAGUAAUUACACCGGCUGGAAUAAUUUAUUAGAUGUUGUAGGGAUAGACUGUUAGGUGUAGAGAACCCCAUAAGUUUUUAUUUUUUAUAAAUAAUUGGCAAAAACAUGUUUGAAAAACAGUAAACUCUACAAUUGAACAAUAUAGAAAUAAGUUAAAUUCAACUAAGAGUUAAACAUGAAAAAGGUCAUUUAAAAUCAGAAUGUAAAUCCAAGAUGCCAAGAUUGUAGUAACAUAUUUUUGCCUUGUGCCAUAUCAUCACCAUCCCUGCCGAAUUCCAACCCUCACUCUCUCCAAAAUGUGAUUAUGUACUAUUCAGAAUACUUUGAUAUUUUGGGGAAUGUGCUUAUUCACUUCAAGAGUUAGAUGAGAUUGAUGCUAACGUUACAAAUGGAUCAGCUUAGUGUAAAGACCGGAAGUGUUGCAAAAGAGUUAUCUAACUCCACGAAAAUCUCAAAUCACUGUUCAUGCAUUGUUUACAAUGUUUCCUUGUAAGUUUUCAUACAGAUUCACCUAAUGUGAUAUAAUGUUUCAGUUACUAAGUAGUGGAGGUGCUGGUUGGUGGAUUUUAGCUUUGGACUGGGGCAGGUUUGCUGUUUUCCUUUGCAGCCAGUCAAAGCCAAAACUAGGCUCACCUAACUAUAUCACACUGUAGUUAGCGAGGAAGUGAUCCGUUUUUAACCAAGCUCAAAAACUGGGGAUAUUAUCCAAUUUCUCUCGAUUUACUAAAAAAACAAAUCUGACUCUAAUGGAAAAGACAAAUCGAGGUAGUGUAUUUUGUAACUAAUGGACAACAUCAUCUGUUUUGUUGACAAGAUCCAGGUUCAAAUGACUAUCAGCUAAUUACAUAAUUGCAGUAUUCCCUGUUGUCGUUGUACACUCAGACAAUAAUCAGAUAAAUUACAGGAUUAUUAAUUACAGGAUUAUCUUAACAUUGUGCGUUUUGGAUUCUUCUGUAAUUGGCUUCUAAUACUGGUGCCUUUGGUAGAAUAAUUGACGACAUCAUAGCCUCGUCUCACCUCAUCUCCAAUGCCGUUACGUGUCACCUCCAGCCAAAGUCAACAACAUUGAUAAUAGAUCCUUUGUGGAUCUAUGGAUGUGAAACAAAUAGAUAUUUCAAAUGAAAUAGUGUAUUACGUGCAUGUUUUUGGAUUACAAACAUGGUCUUUUUGGACAACUGUAUAUGCUAUGUAAAUAAUCUUUAUUUUAUGGUACACUGACACUCAUUGUCUGUGUGUGGGUUCUUGGGAGACUCUUACAAGUCUUCUGCAAUCCAGUGUUUGUUUUAGUAUAUAUAUAUAUAAAUAUAUAUAACAUGUAUUAGAUCUUUUUCUCUUGCUGUAUGACAGUAGUUUUUUCCCUUUAUUUGAAGCUUGUAUAUUUGUAGAAAAUUUGAUCUCUAUAUAUCCGUUUUAAUGUCAACUUGUUGUAUCAGGAUUAAAUUAAUCAACGGCCUACUUCAUAACUUGGUUUUCCCAGAAGUUGCAGAAACAAGGCAACUUUUCUGUAGCUUAUUGGCUCCUGCUGACCAACACUGGGUUGAAAUUAAAGCCACAAGGAAAGCAGUAUUGAUAUUGAUUGGAUGUGUUUUCGAAACAGUGCUAUAACACUUAACAGAGGGAGGACGAGACUAUCUGAAGUAUUUCAUGACCACACUACAGAACGGUUCUCACGGCACCUCUGCUAUUCAUCACAUGGCAUACAUGCUAAUGUGUAGCUGUGCACCUAUGCUAACACGGAACCUUCCGUGCUUGCUAGUUCUUAAGCUCCUCUUGGACAAUCGUACACUAUAGUUCAUACAUUACUGUGGCUUAUAAGUUAUAUCACUGCUGUCAUAGAAAAAUCUUUUUAAACCCAGUUUUGGUGAGGUUUUAUUUACAUGACAUUACUUGAACUGAACCUUUCCAUGGCCUGAUAAAGUCAGUAAACUUCCUGACCGAAGUGUCCACAUGGCCCCUUUAGUACUUGCUAAGAAUGUUCAAUAAUGGAUUGUUCUGAAUUUGAAAAUGUGGCUCACUCUCUCUUAGUUUAUUCAUGAAUAUUUGGCUGCAACUUAAAUUAGCCUCCUGCCAUCAGUGGCUUAUUCUGCUCGUUGGUGGUAUGUGCAACAGUUUCAUCUCUUCCUCAGGUUGAGUUUUGUCCUUUCAGAAAGGAGGAUGAGCAACACCUCUACCCUCUAUCUCAGGUAUUCGGACUGGAUGAACCUUUCUUCUCACUUUUGGAAAACUUGGAUAACUAAAUCUCUUCACCUUUUGCAUAAUUGAGCCAAGUUGUACAAUGCUGUUGUAUAUUGUGCUGGCCUAGAUAACAAGUCCUCUUGUGGAUUUGUUAAAGCACACAAGUUCCCAGUUAAUUUUGCCAGUGUUUAGAAAGGAGCUGUGCAGAACCACCUGCCUUAUUUUUGUAUGACCCUCAGCCACGGAGAAGCACUUGCUCAAUGUUUCUGCUGUUCACAGUGUCUCUGCUUCCUGUGGAUCAGGCUCAACAUUCAGAUUUGUAAUUUUACCCAAACUAAGGGGAUGUUUUUUGUAUCAGUGAUGCUGUUUCAUUAUGAUGAACAAUAAAAAUGUGAAAUGAAAA